AGGAAGCCCACACACUCAAGGAGGCUGUCCUCUCUGGCUGCUGGUCACAUGGUUUCUGGGCCCCUGGCACUCCGGUGGUACGCGUGGGCAGGGCAUGGGGACAUGGGGCACGUGGAGCUGCACAGCCACUCGAAGCAGCUCCUGCUGCAGCUGAACCCGCAGAAGAUCAAGGGCUUCCUAUGUGCUGUCAUCAUCACGGUGGAGAACUCCAUUUUUCGGGAUGUCUGGGCUGCCAGCAGCAUCUACUUCAAGUCCCUGGUCCUGCACGACAACCUCAUCAACCUGGACACAGACAUGGUCAGCUCCUCGGUGUUCCAGCAGAUCUUGGAUCUCAUCUACACCGGCAAGCUGCUGCCCAGUGACCAUCCCGCUGUGCCCAACUUCAGCACUCUCCUCAUUCCCACCAGCUACCUCCUGCUGCCUGAGUUGGCAGCUCUCUGCCGGUGCAAACUCAAGUGGGCUGGUAAGCCCUUUGGCUCAGGACGGGUGGGAGCCACCAGCAUGGGGCGGCCACCCCGCAGCCAGCCACUGUCCACAACCUCUGUCAUCCAGCCUCGGUAUCCAGGGCUUGUGGAUGAGCGCAAGGAGGCCCAUGCACCCCAGGAGCUUCCCCCAGCCAAAGGCUCAGAUGAUGAGCUCUUCCUUGGUGGCUCUACCCAGGAGAGCACACACAGCCUGGGCCGGGGGGUCUGUCCAGCGAGUGGGGAGAUGGGCCUGGGGCACUGUGGCAGCAGCACCCAUGGGAGCAGUGGGGGCUGUGAGCAACAGCUGGGCCUGGACCUAUCCAAGAAGAGCCCACCCCUGCCUACCACCAUCCCUCGCCCCCACCUCACCCCCGAUGACCCAGCCCAGCUGAGUGAUAACCAGCAGGGCUCGCCCCCCUUGUCCUCUGCCCUGCCUGUUGCCAACAGUGCCUCUAACACCCCUGAUGAGCCUAUGGAUUUGGAUGGAGCCGAAGACAACCAUGCGAGCCUGCUGGAGGGGCCAGGCGGGCAGCCUCUGAAGAGCCUCUGGCCCUCGGCCCGGAAGAAGGAAUGGAGCAAAAAGGAGCCUGUGGCUGGCUCCCUCUUUGAGGGGAGAGAAGUUGGGCCCAAGGGCCCCUGCUCUGGAGAGGAGGAUGAGGAGCUUGGGGACAGGGUUCCCAAUGGCAUCUUGGCUGCCAGUGUUGGUGGGGGUGGCCCCAGUGUGCCCUACGGGGAGCCUCCAUAUCCCUGCAAAGAAGGGGAAAACAGCAAGGACAGGAGCGAGGACAGUGGGCAAAGUGGGAGUGAGAGGGCCAGUGGCCAUGCCGGUGCUCACUACAUGUAUCGGCAGGAGGGCUACAAGAUGGUGUCAUACGAGGACAACCUAUAUGUGUGCAUCCCCUGCUCCAAAGGUUUCCCCAGCUCUGAGCAGCUCAAUGCCCAUGUGGAGACACACACAGAAGAAGAGCUGUCCAUCAAGGAGGAGGGAGCCUAUGAGACAGGAAGCAGGGGUGUUAAGGAAGAGACUGAGGACCUGUUGGUGUCCAGUGCAGCAUAUGCGGUGGAGGCUUGGCCCUUUAAGCACUCAAUCUGUCAGAAGACCUACAAGGACCCAGCCACUCUGAGGCAGCACAAGAAGUUGCACUUGCUGAUGCGGCCCUAUCCCUGUGAGGUCUGUGGCAAGACGUUCACACAGCGUAGCACCAUGACAUGCCACAAGCGGAGCCACAUGGGCCUGAAGCCCUUUGUCUGCAAUGAAUGUGGCAUGUGCUUCACCCACCAGUACCGCCUCACCGAGCACAUGCGUGUACACUCAGGUGAGAAGCCCUAUGAGUGCCACCUCCGUGGAGGCAAGUUCACCCAGUAGCGCCACCUGAUCAGCCACCUGAUCAGAAGGGACCAGAGCCCAAGGUCCAGCUGUAGGCACCUGGUGGCCCCUCUGGCCCAGCCUCCCCACACCCAGAGCUUUAAUCAACAGUCUGUACCAAGAGAAGCCAAGAGGAGGGAAGCCAGAGGGCCCACCCCUGCGCAUGUAGUGCUGGACCAUUCUACCUCCCUGUCCCACCCAGGGUCCCAGCUCCCUGCAGGGGCUGCAGCAGAGCUGGAGUGGGUCACGGGCCAAGGUCCUGCUCUUCCCCAGAGUCAUGUUCGAGCUGAUGUUACUGAACUUGUGAAUUGGAUGCGGUGGAACUGGAAGAGGGAUCAUGUUCUACUACGCCCUUCCAGAGAGGGGGAGGGACAUUGGGAUCACACUCCUGUACUGACCACCGCCAUUGUCACUCAUCGCAUUGAAUUUGCCACCCUCGAGAAUUUGGAUAAAUUCAGGUCAGAGCUGCAGGUGAAGAAACUGUGUACUGAGAUGUUCAGCAACUCCUCUCAGCACUUGGCUCCAACCUGCAGCUCCAACACAGGUCUGGGCAACCAGGGUGGCCUUCCAGAUGUCCUUGGAGGGCAGGUGGCCAAAAAUAAAAUGCAGCCCUUGAAAGCAAAAGCAGAACGCAACAUGGUCAAGGAUGAUGAGAAAAAUUGGGCCCAGAGCAAUGCGAUAAAAAUUAUAGAGUACAGAGAUAAAGCAGCAAUGUCUUGA